ACGAAAAACUGAAAACAACAACAUUGAACAUUUGAUGGGUGAACGAUUAGGCGCCAUUAACAAUGGUUUCAUAUCAAAAUUAUAAUUCUAGCUUGGUGUAUGAUGUAUAAAAACGACUAGUACUCUGGAUUGAUAUUCAGUGCUCAGUGGAAUUUCAGAAAGAUUUAACACGAGGAAUAUUAGUAAAAAUAUGCCGUUCACAAAUAAAAUAACAAUUCGUGGCAUUUGGCUGUGCUGGGCCGUUGUUUUGGCAACAUUGAUACAGUGUCAAUUGGUGGAAUCUCAAUACAGUACCUAUCCAUACUUUGGAGCCCAGGGAGCGGGCGCUGGAACUGGAUACGGAGGCUUGUAUGGCAAUGCCUAUGGAUACGGAUAUGGCUAUCCACAGUAUUACGGUUAUCCGGCCUACGGAUAUACAUACCCGGCCUAUGGCUACCCUGGAGGGGGCUACGGUAGCUAUCCUAGCUACGGCUAUCCAGGUUACAGCUAUGGUUAUCCCUAUGGCAAUGGCGUUAAUACCGCUUUCGCGAGCAGCAGUGGAGGAUUCGCUACAGCAAGUGCGAGUAGCGGAGGCGGAGGCUACUAUGGUUAAGAGCAGAACUGGAUAAAUAUUUAGGUGUAUUAUUUACUUAAGUAUUAAGUUUUUAAGAA